AAUGUCUUUUUUCUUUUUUCUUUUUUUUUUUUUUUAUUGUCAAUGCAUUUGAUACAUUGUUUGGGCCCGGCCAUAUUGCAGCAAUGGCACAAGGUGGAGUCAAGCACCCAGGGCAAGAAAAGUUGUGGCUUUGCGUUGGUUAAUUGUGCCACUGGCCAAGCCAUCAAGCAUCCUGCCGCCAAUCGACCUGUGGCACUGAUUACUUACACAGGCAAUAUUAAUGACAACUCUUUGUUAUGGACUGAGUGGAACGUGGGUGAUGGAGAUUGUUACAAAUCUAUAAGAAUGGUUAAUAACACUAACCUGUGUUGGGAUAUUUAUGGUGCCAAUGUAAAGGAUGGUGAGCCUAUUGGAGUCGAUUAUUGGUUUGGAAGCAGUAUCGAACGUUGGAUCAUUGCCCCAAUUUCAUGCGGAUGCGCAUGACAACUUUGUGUGUAACAUCUGCUCCACCUACGGGUGACCAAUAAAAAGGACUGUGCGUG